UUCGAUCUUUGAUGAGUUUUGCAGGAUGCUUUGGAAAUUGAAACAAACGGCAUCUCAAGACUAGCAGAUCAGAAGGUACUCUCACACCAUCAGCUGCCUGACUUCCAUUUGGGCUGGCUGCCGUAGAGGAUAAAAGGACACAGGCGUAUUUAAAAGAGUUUUAGGCACCUCCCUCUUACUCAACUUCUCAGUUCUUCAGAACUGGUAAUGUCCCCUGAUCCCAUGCAGAUUUUGCGGUUACUGGUGUAGUCCUGAUCCUGAAGAUGAUCAUCUAGAUGCAAUUGCCAUUGUAAUAUGGUUCAUGAUUCAAGACCAUCUUGAUGCUACUGCCCUUAUAAAUUGUUAUACAAGUUCAUUCAUGACCUCAAGCACUUGCUCAACUUUGGUCUUCACUUCUGAAUCUUUCAGGCUUCAGCUAAUUUCGUCAGGUGCGCACACACAAUGAGUGAGAAGAGCAGCAGACAAGGGCAUACACAGACCACCAUGGUGAAGAUCUGCUGCAUCGGCGCCGGCUACUGGCGGCAGGUGGUGGCCGUGAAUGACUACCAGAAGAGCCGCGUGUGCAGGUGGCGGCACGUGUGCAGGGGCCUGCUCGGUGACAGGGCCCACGUCAGCGUGUACGACUCGCUGGUGAGCGAGAAGCAGAUAAGGAGGGACACGGCGGCGGCGGCGGCGAAGGUGCAGCAGGUGCGCGUGGCGAGGGACGCGUACGAGGCCGCUCAGGGCGCGCACGGGCUGUGCGUGCUGACAGAGUGGGACGAGUUCAGGACGCUGGACUACCGGCGAAUAUUUGUCAGCACGCAGAAGCCGGCGUUCGUCUUCGACGGCCGUAACGUCGUCGAUGUCGGAAAUCUUAGGGAGAUCGGCUUCGUCGUCUACACAGUCGGCAAGCCGUUAUGUACUUACAACUUUGCAAACUUCUUUUUUAUAAUAAAAUUCUGA